AUGAUUUCAAGUGUCUACCGGGUGUACAAGCGAAAACUCGCCACUCUGGCCUCGAUCCAAGACAACUCCGACCUCCCGGAGGUCGGAGGUGGCGACGAGGACAAAAGCUGCCUCACCACCUACCUGUUCAACCCGGUGGAGACGUGCGCCGGCGUCCAAACGCCCGAGAAACGCCCAUCGCAGGCGGCGGACGCGGUCGGUACCCGGAAACGCACCGAGAACGCGCACGCGCAUGAGAAGGCGCAUGCGCCCUCGAACAACGCGCACAUGCACCCGAACUUCCUGUUCGGCAAGGUGUCGGCUGACGGCAGGCCGAACUUCCUUCGUGAUUACGAGCUGAGUUACAGGAAUUGCGAGUGGGCGGAGCCUGAUCACGCCAAGUGUUGCGUGGCCGGGCAUUUUGGGAGAGACCUGAGUUUCGGCCACCUGUACACCAUCAGUAAGACCGACCCGCUCCACCUCCAGCCCCGCCAUCUGGAGGAGCGCACCUACGACGAGCCGUACGCGGGCGGCGGCUGCGAACCGUCGGGCCGCCGCUCGUGGCUGUGCUGCCCCGGGUCCCGAAGGGCGGCAGUGGAAGGCGAGCAGCCGCCCCUACUGGAGGCGGUUACCACGACGACGACGACGUCCACUUGCAGAACGCCUGAUGCGGAGGCGGUCACUAGGCCGCCGGGAGAUGAGGAUGUGACUAAGGAUGCAGGACGUUUUGCCAGCGUUUUCGAAUUACGCGAGAUGGCAAUUAUUCCGGGUUUGGUUUGGUUUGAAGAAACCUAUGUUGUACCCUUAUGUAACCGGAGUAGCGGCAUUUCUAAGAUUACCGUCUAUAUAUUUCCGGAACAAACCGCAAUUCGAUGCAUAACCACGGUGGUGGUAAAUAUCGAUAAUGGAACAGAACACGCUAACCUCGACGCUAACCAUGAAAAACUUCAGUUGCAAUUGGACGAACAAGCACAGAGGUAUGAAGAGCAACUUACCGAAUUGCAUUCUGUUAUUGCUGAGCUCACUAGAAAAUUGCACCAACAAAGAGCGAUGGCUAUCGCAGAAGAAGAUGAAGUAUCAGAAUCAUGUACGAGUGUCCAUGAAGAGUCGAUCACAUGUCCACUAGAGGUUAGCGAAUUAGAACCAUUAGAUAAUGAAUUAUCAGACGUAGAGAAUAAAAUGCCUCUGACCAACACCACGUCCCCGUUUUCGGAAUUACUGGAGCCCCUCAAGACCGAAAUAACGCACCUCAAGCACCAGCUGCACGAGGCCAACUCCAAGCUGGCCCGCAUCGCCUCGACGGCGGACGAAGAAACCCCGGAGUCCCCGGAGUCGCACAUCGAAGCGGACUGCGAACCGUUGCACGAGGAGAAGAACGGAGUGAAGUAUGGCAACAUCGUGCCGGUGCACAGGACGAACGUGAGGACGUUCGGCCUUAUAUUGAUGAGUGUAGGGUUCAAUUCCAACGAUUUGGCGAAUUCGGACGUUUCCACGGCAGUGGCGGAGCACAUAGUAGGGGACAUCCUGAAGCAGUGCGACGUCCAGGCCGAGAAGCAGUGUCUGGACAUCGAACUGAAGAAGGUCAACACCAAACUGGAGCACGCCAGGUCUCAGAACACUGUGCUGGUGCUUACUUUAGCGGAGACGAAAGCUCAUUGUGAUAGGCUCGCUUUGGGUGUCAGCGACCGCACCAUAGAGGCGUACGACGUGCUACUGGCGCUGCUGGAGACCGCGCCUGCGCUCGAGGAGGAUGAAAAAGAAGAGGAAGAAGAUGCGGGGCGGUCGGGCGACCGCAGCGCCGCCGAGGCGGUGGCCAGACGGCUGCUGCGCCACCUGGACUCCAGCCAGAGCGCCGACGUGCUGCUGUCGCCGUGGCAGAACCACGGUUUGGGCAGUCCGGCUGACGACGGCCCCAUCCCUAGUAACAAUACAAACUAUUUGGUUAACUUUGAAACAUUGAAAACGAAAAUGGAAUUGAUGGGAUUGAGAGAAGACAAGGCUGAACUCAUAUCGAAACUGUUUGUGUCGGAGAAAGAAAAAAGCGCCAUCGAACUCAAGUUCAAAUAUGCAGAAGGGCAACUGAAGGCCCAAUCUGCUGCCCUCAAGAAUCUCCAAGGACAACUAAAAGACACGGAAGCCCUUCUCGUAUUGGCGACACAAAAUAAGGAAAGGGGUUAUUCUGAUGCAGAACACGCCCAGGGGGUCGAAUUCGAAUUGAUGCAAGCUUUGGCGAGAGAGGCAAGACUGAAAGUUAGGUUACAGGAAUUGGUGACGACGCUGGAGCACGUCACCAAAAACGCCGAGGCCAGACUGCUGGAGGGCAGAGAUAUAGUACAAGACCUGAAUCACACCAAUAGGUUCAACACCUUCAGCAAAGGAUAACGGCUUUGGAAACACCAACACAUAGUUCGGAUAAUUCAGUGAAUUCUGUAGCUGUUUAGUGAAAUAGUUUUUCGUACAAUUCUCGGGUUUUUGGCUGAUCUCGUUUUUUAUAUUUUUUUAUAUGCGAUUACAAGCGAGCAUUUAAUGCUGGUGAUCAGUAUUUUAAUUGAAAGUAUUUCGGUUAUGAUAGAUAUACAGGGCGAAAAAGUUUUUAUCUUUGGCUAUAACAAGGACAAUUGAACUGUACUACUCCCAUAAAAUAAGAAUUCUAGCAGCCAAGCAGUAGUUAUUUCAUACAUUCUAGUGGAACAUUUUCCAGUUCAAUUUCUUUUUUUUUGUAAUUUCAGCCUGAUUUUUUCAAUAUUACAAAGCAUGUUAUUUUUCCAUAUAAUUAUUUAAAUUCAUAAAAAAUAUUGAAACAAGUAGGUAUGAGUAUUGUCUAGAGUAUGGAUGAACUUAAUUCUCUAAAAUUCAUGUUCCAAUUUCACAAUCUCGGUAGCUGGAAACAUCACAAGAAAAUCUCACUAAAUUCUGAAUAUGACCUUUGGGAAAGUUGUGGAAAAAAUUCUCAACUAAUCAAUCAUUCUUCAUUUCCCAACUUCAAAUUGAAAGUUAUUCACCCUGUAUGCUUAUAUGACGAAAAAUGGGGAUUCCGACAUUUCUGUACUUAUAUGUAACGGAUCUUCAGCAAUGAUUGAAUGCCAUGUGACCGUUUUUAAUAUGACGUCUCUUUUCCACUCAUGAUGAAGAGAUUAGAAUGUUUUCUUGGUUGAAUAGUAAUCUGUCACGUGGUUCUCAAUCAUUGUUGAAUACCCGGUAUUAACAUAAUGUAUUCCUAAACUUUCAAGACAGUUUAAUUUUUCAGAUCGAUAUUUAAUUUUUGUGGAGAAAAUAUGCUUUUCUAAAAGGAGAUAUUCAUCCGUACUAUUGAACAGAAGCGUUAAAUAGUUAUUUAUUAUACAAGGGAAAAAAUUAGUAGCUUUAAGCUCCAGGUCGCGUGAGCUAAAAUCAAUUUUUUUUGUGACAGGAAAAAGGACGAAUGAAUAUUGAGAAGAUAUUACAUUAAUUUAAAUCAGAAAAUUAUCGACGUGAAAUUUGAAGUUGUCAACAGUAAUUACACUCUAAUAAUUCUGUAAUUUGAUAAAGCAUUCACUUUUUCCCGUGGGAAAAAAGUAAUUUAUGAAAAGUGACAUUUUAUAACCUGUCAACAGAGAUGGAAUGCCAAACUUGUUUCCCGUCAUAGAAAAAAAGUUAUUUUUUAAGAAAUUUCUGCUUCAGAGUUAUUGUUGAUUCAAAAUCAUAAUUUUCAUUAGGUAUAUUGUUAAUAAUAUGCCAUUUUCUCAAUGGAUGCUGAAUGCAUAAUGUGAAUAUUUAAGGAAGCCGAUUUGAUUUCGGAUGUUGGUAACAAUGACAACCUGACAUUUUUCCCAAAUAGAGUUAAUUGGUUCAUUUUUUUAUAAAAACCGAUUAGAUGAAAGGGCUCAUAAAAAAUCUCAAAUCUUCAUAAAUUGUCUCACUUCAAACGGCCUCUUUCUAUAUCUCAGAUAAUCUAUCUCAGCAACUAGUCCUGCGAAUCUUACCAAAUUUUGACUAGUAUGAAUAACCGUCAAUAUGAUCAGUUUUUCAGAGACCAACAUCAUUUUGAACUGGGCUGUGUGUUUUUAUUAAAAUGAAAUUGGAUAAUUUUGGUAUGAAAUCUUAUUAGGCAUUCUUACAGGAAAACUGACCUCAUAAUAUCGUUCUUUGUGGUUUCAAAACCCCAUAUGUGAAUUUUCAUAUGGUAACUAUCAUAAAAACAGGCACAUCUAAACAGCAUUUUUGCGAACGUAAAUAAUAUUUCACUCGGAAACGUUGAGUUCAACAAACAGAACAGGAUAUUUUGGUUUUUCAUUCAAAUCAUCAUUUUGUACCUAUCGGAGCUAUUGAACGUUCCAAAAUUUGCAGUUAAUUUGAAUUCACUAUUUUUGUGAGGUUCCAAAGCAUGAAGAUCAAUAGUUUUCUUGCGAAAAAAAUCCUAAUAUGAUUUCAUAUAGAAUCGACUCCUUUUUAUUUUAAUAAAAACUUACGGCACCGUCCAAAAGGAUGUUUGUCUCUCAAAAACUGAUUAUUGAUGGUUAUCCUUGAUGCUCUAAAUUUGGUAAAAAUGCCACGACUAAUUGCUGAGAUAUAGAGGGAGAUCCGUUUAAAGUGAGACAUGCUGUACAUAUACUGAAUUAGGCUAGAUUCAAAUGGGAAAUACAAUAAGAGCCUCAGGACUUUAUUCUCAGAAAUAUUAAUAUGUAUUAAUUUUCCUAGAGAGGUUGAGAUUGACAUGUUCUCAAAUUGUUCAUCAUCCUUUUAUGUUGCCCUGAAGAUUGUUGAAAAAAUGUUUCGAAUAAUUAUUGAAGUUUGAUGAGAAAGCUGUGUCUGCUUUGCUGUGAUUAAAUCGUAUCCUUAUUGAGAAUGGCAAAGAUAAAUGGUUUUUUGAGGAAAAUUAUUUAUCAGUUUUUCAACAUCUCGACCUAUUGGGAGCCUGUCCUGUAGUAAGUACAUUUAUGUUGUUUCACUUUUAACAGUUGAGUUACUUCAACUAAAUUAUGUCUGUAUAACAGAUAGUGAUGCGAUUUUUCUGUUCUAUAUAAAGUAUUAGUCAUUAACAAAAUAAAUAAUUUUCCUAAGAAUGUCUAUCAAGAAUAACGCUUGAUUGGUUGAUAUUGAUCAGAUUGGUACAGAAUGGUACAAAAAUAUCCUGAUGUCUUGCCAUAAUAAUUUAUACUUGUUUAUACUGUAAGAAGUAGGUAACUUGUAUUAUAUUAUAAUGAUGAUUAUACAAAUAAAUUAUGUUUAUAUU